AUGCGAGACGGCUUCGUGCUUGACGAUAAGUCCGCGGACUACCGGGAUCGAGUGCUGGAGCAUGGGAAGCGCGCCGAGGAUGCCGUACUCGCCUACUUGAAGAAGGAGCACGGCAUUAACUCCCGUGGGUCAAGUGCGGUCCUCAAGCAUCUCCAGGGGAUCCACAGCGCCGGCAGUCUAAAUGCCAUGAUUCAACGCCAUCGCCGACUUCUCCAAACGCCUGUAAUUCAAGAUUGGGGUUAUGGCUACACGCAAGACGUACUCGAGGAAGUUAGUAAGUAG